ACUUUAAACAGUCACUUUCCCACUUGGAGCUUACUUGUGGCUUUGCUAACAAAACAGGAAGUGAUCUGAAUACAGCCUGUCUUUAUGACUUUUGAACAUCAGGAGUUUGGAAACAAGUUUCAGCAGUAAAACCAAAUAUGGCAUCUUCCAUGAGGAGCUUGUUUUCUGACCACGGGAGAUAUGUUGAAUCUUUUCGGAGGUUUCUCAACCAUUCCACGGAACACCAGUGCAUGCUGGAAUUCAUGGACAAGAAGCUGCCAGGCAUAAUAGCAAGGAUCGGAGACACAAAAUCAGAAAUUAAGAUUCUAAGCAUAGGCGGAGGUGCAGGUGAAAUUGAUCUUCAAAUUCUCUCCAAAGUUCAGUCUCAAUACCCAGGAGUUUGUAUCAACAAUGAAGUUGUUGAGCCAAGUGCUGAGCAAAUUGCCAAGUAUAAAGAGCUUGUAGCCAAGACAUCAAACCUCAAGAACAUAAAGUUUGCUUGGCAUAAGGAGACAUCAUCUGAAUAUCAAAGCAGAAUAUUGGAGAAAAAGGAGCUUCAAAAGUGGGACUUUAUUCAUAUGAUUCAGAUGCUGUAUUAUGUAAAAGAUGUCCCAGCUACCCUGAAAUUCUUCCAUAGUCUCUUAGGCACCAGUGCUAAGAUGCUCAUUAUUCUUGUGUCAGGAAGCAGUGGCUGGGCCAAGCUGUGGGAAAAAUACGGAUCACGCUUACCCAGGGAUGACCUCUGCCUGUAUAUCACAUCAUCUCAUCUCACUCAGAUGCUGGACAACCUAGGGCUUAAGUAUGAGUGCUACGACUUUUUGUCCACCAUGGACAUAUCUGACUGCUUUAUUGAUGGGAAUGAAAAUGGGGAGCUGCUUUGGGAUUUUUUGACCGAAACCUGUAACUUUAAUGCCACAGCACCACCUGAUCUUAAAGCAGAGAUUGCAAAAGAUCUACAAGAGCCUGAAUUUAGUGCUAAGAAAGAGGGUAAGGUUCUUUUUAAUAAUAGUCUGAGUUUCAUAGUGAUUGAGGCAUAACUAUCAAUCACAAAAGUAUAUUUAAAUAUUACAUAUUGAACAACUCUGAUCACUCAUUUAUUUCCAUAUUAAAUCACAAAUACAUUCAUUAAUGUAAAUAAAGCACUGUUUCCAUAUGAGAUGUAGAGAAUUCCAAAACAUUAUUGGACUUCCAUGUGGGAUACUGCUGGUCUUAUCCUGUCCCUCCUCCAGGUGGAGAGAUCACAUGCAGGCUCAGUAUAACAUAAACUAGAAAAAUUAGGCAACUGAAUUUCUAUGGCUUGUUGAUGACAAGAUUCAUUCCAUUUGCUGAUUGUCUAAAUUAUUCUAGAAUACUAAUAAAACAUAUACUAUAGAUUCUUUGUUAGUGAAGUAUCCACUUAUCGGUACUUUGAACACAAAGCCUGUGUUGCAACUGAAUUUCCAUGACUUAUUGACAAUAAAAUUCAUUCC